GAAGUGGCUCCACCCAACCUUCAUAUUGAAUAGUAAAGGAACGUGCCAUUCAGCGUACGGAGGGUGCCUUUCUAACCUAUCGCUCGUCUGUGAUAGGAACCACUAACGAUCCCACAGGGUCGAUUAUUUGUGGCGACCGCAUUCAUACGGGGUGAGCCGUGACACAGGCAGAAUCCCGUCCGCGAACUAUUUUCUCUCUCUCUCUCUCUCCCCCUUAAACCCGGGUGGGAGGGGGAGAGGGGGAAGAGAGGUGGAUGCCCGGCUGAUUGGCCUCGUCUCCAGUUCUUCUCGUCAGCGCCGCCGGCGUUCAACCGGCGAGGACCUUCCGCCUCAGCCGAGCCCCGCGCCAGGGCUCUCGCCUGGAGAGGUCAUCAUCGACUGUCCUGACUGGAAGCUUUUUCUCCUUCCGCUUCAGAGCGUGUCAGGCAGGCAGGCCGGGCUAAUGGAGCGGUGCGCCUGCGUAGAGAGGGAGGUGGACAAAGUGCUGCAGAAGUUCCUGUGCUACGGCCAGCAUUGUGAGCGAGGCCUGGAAGAGCUGCUGCGCUACGUCAGCCAGCUAAGGGAGGAGCUGGGCGCUGCAGCCUUGCAGCGAGGACCUCUUUCUGCUACACUCUCCCUCGUUAUGUCCCAGUGCUGUAAGAAAAUUAAGGAUACUGUUCAAAACUUAGCUUCAGAUCACAAAGAUAUUCACAGCAGUAUCUCCCGCGUGGGCAAAGCAAUAGAUAGAAAUUUUGAUGCUGAUUUGUGUGGCAUUGUCCCUGCUUUGGUCUGGGAAACCCAAGAGAAACAGAUCCUGGUAUUGGCAAUUAUAGAACAUCUCUAUCAACAAGGAAUGCUGGGAGUGGCUGAAGAACUGUGUCAGGAAUCAACUGUGAAUGUGGAUGUAGACUUCAAAAAACCAUUCCUGGAACUGAACAGCAUUCUGGAAGCUCUGCACAAACAAGACCUGGGACCUGCUCUGAGCUGGGCAGUCUUCCACAGGCAGCAGCUGGCUGAUCUGAACAGUACUCUGGAAUUUCAGCUUCAUCGACUACAUUUCAUCAGACUUCUUUCUGGCGGCCCUGGCAAGGAGUUGGAGGCCUUGAGCUAUGCGCGUCACUUUCAACCCUUUGCCCACCUACACAAGCAAGAGAUCCAAGUGAUGAUGGGAAGUCUGGUAUACCUACGCUUAGGCCUUCAGAAUUCUCCAUAUAGGCAUCUACUGGAUGAAAGUCAUUGGACAGAGAUUUGUGACACUUUCACUCGUGAUGCAUGUUCGUUGCUGGGUCUCUCAGUGGAGUCACCUCUUAGUGUCAGUUUUGCUGCAGGGUGUGUAGCAUUGCCAGUUCUGAUGAACAUCAAGGCUGUGAUUGAACAGAGACAAUGCACAGGUGUCUGGAGCCACAAGGAUGAGCUGCCUAUUGAAGUUGAGCUAGGAAUGAAAUGCUGGUAUCAUUCAGUUUUUGCAUGUCCCAUCCUGCGCCAACAGACCACAGAUUCCAAUCCACCUAUCAAGUUGAUUUGUGGACAUGUUAUUUCUAGAGAUGCUCUCAACAAGCUUAUCAAUGGAGGGAAACUGAAGUGCCCAUAUUGCCCCAUGGAACAAAACCCAGCCGAUGGAAAACGCCUCAUCUUUUGAUAAUGGCAAGACUUGUUAUGAAAUAGGCUCUUCAAAUACAGCAGUUGUGUGCAAGCAGAACUCUGUAAUGUCCUGCUUAAUAUAACAGCUGCUUUACAAUGGAAGCUGAUUAGUUUAGUGGACCAGACAAAAACUUCCCAGGUUGAGGCAAUGCAGUAUCCUGUACGUAUAUUCCAUGUCUGCCUGUUUUAGGCUUCAUCCUGGCAGCUUGAACAGGCACUGCUCCUGUUACAGAGUUUAUCCUGCCCCUGGUCACAAUUCUGUUUCUUGUUGGAUAUCACAAGCGCUGUAUGUGGAGCUGCUACCCCCUACUCCCCACUUCUAAUGCUUACAGAUUACCAAAUUCUUGAAAACAGAAAUGUGUUUGAGGUAAGAAAAGCAUGUGGAGAAUCCAGCUAACUCCUGUUUUGAAGAAAAAUUUCAAGUAAAUUAAAAUGCAGAUAAGGACAAUUGUAGGAUUACUGAUGUUUCCUAACAUUUUAAGUCUGCCUCUGUAUACAAUAUUGUUCUUCAGAGACUCAAAGAUGAGUAUACAGUGGAAUAUUUCCUUAGAAUAUGAAUACAAAUACACAAAUUUAAGUAGAGAAAUAAAAGCUCAAAAGUCAG